UUCCAUCCAUCAGCCAUCCCAUCUCAUCCACUCUCACCACUUGACGAGACCCCUGACAAUCCAUCCUCCUUCUUUUUUUCCUCUCUUCGCCUUCUCGUGAUACAGUUCCCCAAUUGUAACUAUCAAGGACGGGCAGGGGUCGGGUCUAGUUUAUUUUUUUGGGGGACCCUCACGAUAGAGUACGUCGCGUGCCUGGAUCUCUCCAUCUUUCCUCGCGACUACUUUAAUUCUGCUGCAUCCGGGAUUUAUCUGGAUUUCUUGGAUCUCAUUCAUUCAUCUUCUUGUCUUCAAUUGUCUAGUGAAGAAUAUCAAUUGUCUUACACAGGGCAUUGACCCUCAUCUCAAUCUCGAAUAUCAACAUCAACACACACACAAUGUCCACUCACGAAAAGGAAAACCCCAUCGCCCAAGCGGCUUCAGAAUCCGCAGACUCGGAUACACCAGGCUUCCGCCCCAAAGGAUGGAUGUACAAGACCGUCCGCAUCGCCGGCGUUGACCUCUGGUACGCCUCGCCCAAAGUCCAACUCCUCAUGGUCUCCAUCGUCUGCUUCUUAUGUCCCGGCAUGUUCAACGCCCUGACUGGCCUCGGAGGUGGCGGCCAAGUCUCCAAUGAAGCCCAGGACCACGCCAACACGGCUCUCUACAGCACUUUUGCCGUCAUUGGUUUCUUCGCUGGUACUUUCGCAAACAGACUUGGACUUCGUCUGACUUUGUCGAUUGGAGGUUUGGGAUAUUGUGUUUAUGCUGCUUCGUUCUUGUGCUAUUCGCAUACUCAGAACAUGCCCUUUGUCGUCUUUGCUGGUGCUCUCUUGGGUCUUUGCGCUGGACUCUUGUGGGCUGCUCAGGGAUCUAUCAUGAUGUCUUAUCCUCCUGAGCAGAGCAAGGGACGAUACAUCUCUUGGUUUUGGGUCAUCUUCAACAUGGGUGCUGUCAUCGGUUCUCUUAUCCCCCUUGCUCAAAACAUCAACAAGAAAGCUGGCCCCGUCUCCGAUGGCACAUACGCCGCUUUCAUCGCUCUCAUGGCCAUCGGUGCCAUCCUCGCCCUCAUGAUCUGCGACGCCGACAAGAUCGUCCGUGAGGACAACACCAAGGUCAUCGUCAUGAAGAACCCCUCAUGGAGCACUGAGAUCAAGGGUCUGUGGGAAACACUCUCCCACGCCCCCUGGGUCGUCCUCCUCUUCCCCAUGUUCUUCUCCUCAAACAUCUUCUACACUUACCAAAACGUCAAUAUGAACCUCGCUCAGUUCAACGUUCGCACUCGCGCUCUCAACAACUUACUCUACUGGCUUGCUCAGAUCUUUGGCGCCCUUAUCGUUGGAUACGCUCUUGACGUCUCUAGCGUCCGUCGCAGUGUUCGUGCAAAGAUCUCCCUGGUCGUCCUCUUUGUUCUGACCUUUGCUAUCUGGGGUGGUGGCUAUGCCUGGCAGAAGGACCAGCGACCUCGUGAGAUCGCCAUGAACCCUGCUAACGAGGAUGACAAGAUUGACUGGGAUGAUGGUGCUCACAAGUUCCUUGCUCCCAUGUUCCUCUACUUCUUCUACGGCUUCUUCGAUGCUGCUUGGCAGACUUGCAUCUACUGGUACAUGGGUGCUCUCUCCAACUCUGGCCGCAAGACAGCCAACUUUGCUGGUAAGCCCCAAUCAUCCUUCUCACAUGUGUCCAUACCCGAGCACUAAUUCAUCAAAACAGGCUUCUACAAGGGUAUCCAAUCCGCCGGUGCUGCCAUCUUCUGGCGUCUCGACGGCCUCGGCAAGCCAUUCGACACUAUCUUUGCCGCCACAUGGGCCUGCCUCGGUGCUUCGCUCGUCAUCGCCGCCCCCGUUAUCUUCAUGAAGAUCCAGGACUCUGUCUCUGUUGAAGAGGAUCUCAAGUUCAGCGACGAGAAGAUCGAGGAUGUCAUUGUCGCACCUACAGAUAAGAAGAUCGCCCUCACAGACGCGUAGAUAAGGGAGAGAGAUAAAAGGGACUACUAUUUAUAAGAAUACUUAAUAUUUUAAUGAUAUAUCGGCGUUCAGCAUGUAUGCAUUGGGGAGUUGGAUGGGUCACGAUACCCAUGGAUUGGGUUAUUGCUUGACGAUGUAUUACACUGCAUGAGGCAAGUUAAUGAAGAUUUACGUUUAUAUCUAGAGGAAUACAUGUGCCAUCAAUGGCUUUGUCUUCAACUUUCGUUCCUGCAUAUGAUUGAGG